AUAUUUGCCAUCAACAUGGUGGUCUCAAAAGACUCCAAGCGUAAGCGUAAGGAGUCAUCGCCGCCGCCACCAACACCACAACAACAACAGUCGUCUACUGCUAUAGAGUCAUCACCAGAAAUGCCCAAAAGGACAAAAGUUCAAGCUCAACGAAAAUUUGCCCAAGGACAGAGUGCUCCCCAAUCAUCGUAUAGUGCAAUUAUUGCUGCAUCAUCAUCCUCUAAUACUGGACCAAGUACAUCGUCGGAGAGUCGUGAACCACCAACCGAAAUAUUGCCAAAUAAGCGACCAAAAACUGAGGAUUUCUUAACAUUUCUAUGUUUUCGAGGAUCUUCAGCAUUGCCGCCUCAUUUGGAUUUCCUGAACCAAGGUAAAUCGAAAGAACCAGAAAGACCAACAAAGAAGCCUGUCAAAGCUACAAAUAAAAAGAAAGGGAAAAAGGGGAGACCCCAAAAGAGUGGCAAAACAAAAACCGAAGAAAACAAAAAGGAUGAAAUCGAAGUAGGACCUUCGGCAAGUUCAAAUAAUCCUAACAGCAAGGAAGAAUCCAUUAAGAGAAUUCAAGAUGAUGACAGUUCCAAAUUACGCGAUAAAAAUAAAACAGACAUUGAUGUUGCUGAAGAUGAUGAUGAAGACGAGGAAGAGCUUCCUUCAUUCCCAGUACGAAAACGAGCCGAAGUUGUAGCAGAUGGUAAUCGACGUAGCAACCGUAACAUCGACGACAAGUGCAAUAAUACUACAGACGCUGGAAAACGUAGAUCAAACAGAUCAACAAAGGGCUCAAAAUUAAUGAUUGAUCACCAAUCAGAUGAUGAGGAUGAAGAAUACGUUUCUAAUAUCGACGACAAUAGUAAAAACAUACACUCUGAUGGGAAAGAUAGAAGAUACCUUAAAACUCCCUCUCAAAGUGAGCGAAAGUCCGAAUCUCCUUCAAAAGAAAGUGAAACAACGUCAAAAUCUCGCAAGGGUCGGUCCUCAGCACCCCUAAAGAAAAAAGAGAACGAAGAUAAAGAUACGAUAAAAACAGAAGCCAAAGAAAAAGUCCCAGUUAAGCGUCCAAGACAGAAGGAAUCGCCAAUUUUUAUACCAUCACCCGAACCAUCCGGUCGCAUGACUCGACAAAGAGCCUUUUUUGAACCUGUUAAAGUUCCGCCACGAGAUGAAGACAAUAAAGCUGAAGAUGACAAUGAUCUCGAAACAAAGAAUACGCCAAAUGACAAUCAACGGCCAGAAGUUAUUGGAAACACAUUCGACGAAGGGAAGACAAACAAUGAUGGUGAUUUGUUAGAAUCAACAGAUCCGGAAAAAAAUAAACCUCAAAUAAAUGUGUUUGAUUUCUCGUCCGACGAUGAACAGCCUUUAGCUAAAACCAUUAAGCUGAAAAAGGCAGCUAGUGCAAAGGCAAGCCAGAAGAAAACAAAUCAACGGUCUGUUAAAAAGACCUCAAUGAAAAAUCAGAACUCCGUGACAGAGGAUAAAGAUGACGUUGAUAAAUCUACGAAUAUCGAUGUUGCGAAGAUACAAGAAAAUGCUGUUCCUACUGAAAUGCCUGUCAGUGAGGAGAAAUCGUCCGUGGAUAAGAUACCGACUAAGGGUAAAGGAAAACGUUCAAAUUCUAAUGCCAACAUGAACGCAAACCUAAAGUCAGCAAAAGAAGUGGAGCUUGAAGAAGAUGAAGGGAAAUUGAAUAACCAAGAAAAAAAGGAGAAUGAAAAGGAAUUGGCACCACCUUCACCAAAGAAAGCGCCGAGUGCACGCGUUGGACGCAAAAAAGCUAAAGCCGUUGAUAACACAGAAAAAAACACUGUAUCAGAGACCGUUUCUGUCGACGAUAGUCCAACUCGCAGCCAAAGACCGUCACGUAAAACUAAGGAAGCAGCCACCAUUUAUAUGGGCAUAAUAGGCCAUCGCUUGCAAUUGGCAGAAGAUGAGGAGGACGACGUUUCGUUAAGUAGCUUUGAUCGUCCAAAUGUGAAGGAAAUGGAAAAAAUUGAAAAUGAAAUAAAACGCACUUCUGCUGAAAAACUAAAUACUUCACCUACACCUAAAGAUGUUAAGCAUGAUGACGAGUCGCCUCAUCAAACGGCCACUUCGGUUGGAUCUACAGAUAAGCCAACAACAACAGGGCGAAGAGGCCGGCCACCGAAAAAUGCAAAAUCUGCGGGAGGUCCACAACCUCUUGCGAAACGGGAAAUCGAAGGUAUGCUCGUUAAGAAAGGUGUUAUUGCCAAAAUGACGCAGUCGACCGAGAACCUAUGCGAUGUAGUCAAAGACAAUAAAACCGAGCCCAAUUCAAAGGCUGAUACCGAGGACGAUGAGGACUUUUUGCUAAAUGAAGAACUCAAUGAAACCAAACGAAAAUUGGAGAGAAGUUUCAGCGACUCCGAUGACGAACCGUUGGCCAUCAAAGCUCAUGUAAAACCAAAUGAAAAAGAAGGUUUAGAGAAUUCUCAAAAAUCUGCUAGUAAUGCCCCCGACGCUUUGGUAAUGCCACCUAGCAAUGUACCAUCUAAUGUUAUACCAAAUGCUAUAGCCCCAACUAGCACAGGCACACCACCCACAACUCUAACAGUUCUGUCGUUAACUAAUGCAAAGCCUAUUACAACUAACUGUAGCAAUAUCGCCACACCAGAAACACCUCCCGUCGGAAACAUGAGUGGGGUGAUUCCCAUUGUUUCAAGCGCAGCAAAUAUCUCCGUAUCAGUUGGAACUACAAUAAAUUCAGGUACAGUACCAACAUCACCUCCACACGGGCCCGUUUCCAACAAUACCUUUGCCAUCCAAUCACCAGCUCCAUUAACUCACAUCAGCACAUCACAAUCACCCUUUAAAGCUGUUGAAAAGAAAUCUCCUGUACCUACAUCGAAAAUUUUGAAUAUACCGGCGACAUAUGGUAUACCCUCGGCUUCCCCUACUGCCAACAGUGGUCUUAAUUGUGGUUUGAAUUCAAGUUUUGGGAAAUCUCCAAUGUAUGUACCACAAUCGCCGGCCCAUUACCAUUCCACAGCCCAUACAUCACAACAACAGCAGCAGCAACAACAGUCGACACCACCGCCACAACACGUUCGGCCGCAAUUUCCCAUACAGUCUCCAGUGAAGACAUCACCAUUAGUCGGACCUAAUUCGUCAGUGGCAGGGCCACAUAUAACCACAUCGUCAAUGCCAAUGCCUCCUCAAACGCCCUUGAAAUAUCAAACCCCACCCACCACAUAUCCUCCACCAAUAGAGGCAUACCCUUCACCUAAAAUCAAUCCUAAUUUUUUAACGCCCAAAUUCGAUCGAAAUACCCUGUCAAGGCCUGGAGGUCAUCCACCGACAGGAAAUAAUAAUAGUUUUCCUUCGCCUUCUCCAGUAAAGUACGACAUGUCAGCAUCGAGUAGUGGAUUGCUAAAAAAUUCAUCACUCUCGGCACCCAACAUUUCCAUGAGUCCCAAAACCUUGCUGUCUAGCAAUUCAAACUAUUUAAGUAAUAAUAUCGGUGCAACAACUUCAACGGCGGCAGCAGGAGGUGGUGGAGGCACAAGCAAUGAUCCCAUGAAAGACGAAAUCAGCAGUAUACUUGCAGCCAAUCUAAUGCCUAGCAAAGAAGAAUCCGGUAAAAUUUUUGGAAUUGCCAGUGUAAGCUUGGCUCAAAGUUCUGGUCCCGACAAUACGAAAUGUACUUUGGGCAAAUGUGGAUCUAUUCAUAAGCCUGUGCUGGGGCCAGUGGUGCCUACUGAAAGCUAUAUCGGAGAUCAAUUGUCCGGCAAGGAACGAAGAAAGGCCAAAGUUAAUAUGACGCACGAGCAAAUACACAAGUGGCUAAUUGAAUGCUCUUCCAACCCCGACGAGAUUCAAGAUGAUCUUGAUGACGACUUCGAUUCCGACCUAAGACCCAAUAAUUUUAGUACGACACCACCCCCCACGCGUGAUGACAAAGAGAGCACAUCAUUUAGUUCUUCGUCGAAGGCUACCAGAGAUUUGGGAAAAAGCGAAAGCGCUUGGUCAGCUAAGGGUCCAUCACUGAAGGCAACGCCUGUUGUUGCUUCAAGUAGCAAUGCCGCCAAUAACCGCAAAGAUGAACUUAAAUUAAUAGAGCCAACCAGUCCUCUCCAAGACGACGAAAUUGACAAAAACUCACCACCACUUAACCAGCAAUGUGAUAAAAUCGCUGUAAAUAAAUCAUCACCAGCGCCUUGUAGUGUCGAUGACAAAAAUACACAGUCAGAUAAGACGGAUAAAAAAACAGAAAACGAAAAAGCUAUGGGCAAAGAAGAAAAGACAGCUGCCUCGACAAAAUCAAUAACAAAUGAAGCGAAACAGAAUAAAGCGACCGAGAAGGGAAAAUUAGCAAUUGCGACAGCGGUAAACGAUGAAACCACAACAGAGACCUCCCCUGUCGUUGCUCAAAAACAGCAAACCGGUCAAAAAACAGCAUCCCAAAAAAGAGUUACUUCGUCACCGAUACAGUCGACAACAGCAUCCAGCAAGCCAGGUCGUAGAAAACAUGUAUCCGAGGAUUCGGAUGAUAAACCCUUGUGCCCAAAACCCAAAGAUGCAACUACCACCAAUACAAACGUUGAUAUGGGGACUACAGUGGAAGCGGCAACUACACCAUCUGCCAAUUCAGCUAGCAACCGUACGCCCAAACGAACUCCAGUCUACCAACAAAAACAAACACCAAAACAGCAGCAUUCCAUUAGCAGUGAUUCAAAAACUCCUACAACUUCCACUCAUAAACGGGCCGGAAAUUGCAAUGCCGCUUUUUCUGCGGAAAAUGAAAAGUCCAUAUACUCCUUCGAUAAGGAUGACGACGAUGAAGCGGCGCCAGCCCCAGUUAAAACAGAAAAACCAUCUACAUAUAGACGCCAAAAUCGUCGUGAAUCUAAUAUCGACACCACAUCCGCAAUAGCACAGCGUAGUCUUUCCACAAAACCGAAAAGAAAUGCAGCAGCGGUGGCCGAAAUUGCCAACAAAGAAUUAGCGGGUGGUAACUCCCAAACCAGUUCAGUUUCAUUAACUUUAAGUCCAUCGGAGAAAAAUAAACUCGUUAAGGUUAGUUUGGAUGCGGAUGGUAAGACGUCGGGUAAGACUGCUGGCGCGAAAGGAGGCAAAGGCGCAAAGAAAGCAGCCGAAGCUGCGAAAAAAAUUGUGAAUGACAACGAUUCUGAUUCCGGCGAUGGUCAUACAUUCUACAUCCCAUUACAAGGUAUAGCAAGUGGAGGUGAUGGCGAGGGUGGAAUUCAGGGCGUGGCAGUUAAACUGGGCCGUGAAGGACCGGACGGUCCGAACCAGAAAGUAAUAAUGCAUGCUACCUUAGUGACUAAAGCCCAAAUGAGGUCAAAUACAAAACCCAUACCAGAAACCAUGAAUGUUUCGGACAUUGUUAAAAAUUUGAUGUCGGGCGAUAAAAAGGGCAAUCAAACAGCAGGGACGUCGACGGCUGCAGCGGCAGCAACUGCGACAGCCACAUCCACACCAAACAGUCUAAAAAGUGUACCUAUUGGUACUGUACAACCCCGCUUUAAAGGAGAUUCUCUGGCUAGCCAAGCAGGACCAUCAACUUCUACCGCAGGCGGUGGUGCUGGUGCCAGCUUGCAACGUGUCAAUUCGAAUUCUUCGUUAUUCUCCGGUUCUGUGAAAUCACGAAAUGCCGCUGCCUCUAAUGCAGCUAUUGGUUCGGGUGGAGCGCAUUCGACAAGUAAGAAGUUUAAAGACGAUGCACCUAUAAAAAUGUCGAAUAAUACAGCAUUCCCACGCCACGAUGACCCCACACAAAUGGUAGAAGCACCCAUUUUCCGACCAACUGAAAAGGAAUUUGCCGACCCCAUCGAAUUUAUUGAACGAAUUACACCCAUUGCUGCACGCUUUGGAAUUUGCAAAAUUAUACCGCCAGCAUCAUUCAAGCCUGAAUGCCGAAUCGCCGAUGAAAUGCGAUUCACCGCCUACAAUCAAUACGUUCAUAAGUUGUUGCAUCGUUGGGGUCCCAGCGCAAAGGAAUUGAGUGCAAUUAAAAAGUACUUGGCUACCCAGAGCAUUGUCAUGAAUCAUCCACCCUGGAUUGGUGGUAUGGAAGUGGAUUUGCCACGCCUUUAUCACACCGUACAAGAACUCGGCGGCUUGAAAGAAGUAAUUGAAAAGAAGAAGUGGGCUCGCGUUGCUGAGGAAAUGUGUAUACCGAAACUAGCUCAAGAUCGUGUAACGAAAUUGGACGACAUAUAUUGUAAAUACCUGCUGCCGUACGACACUCUGUCGCCGGCCGAACGUCAGAAGCUUUUCGAUGAAGUCGAAGCUGAUUGGGCAAAACGUGAAGCUCGUGCCCGGCGAAAUGCCGAUCGAUUUGUGAAUACAGAAAGUGUUUCGAAUGAAGAUGAUGAUGUGUCAUCCGAGAACGAUGAAGAAGAGUCCGAGGAAGAAGUCGACGGUGUCUCAAUGGAGUGUAUUGUCAAGGGAAGAAGUAUGCCUUUAAGUCAAUUUUAUCGUAUUGCCCGCAACACAAUGGCCUUGUGGUUUAAGAAUACCGAACCCACAGUGAACGAAGUGGAGGCGGAGUUUUGGCGACAUGUGGCUGUGAGAGACAGCCACGUAUGUGUACAUUCCGGCUCCAUUGAUUCCUCCGGUUGGGGCUUUGGUUUUCCCAGUCCGGGACCCAAAGGAAAAGGAUCAAAUUAUGCUCGUCAUCCCUGGAAUCUGAAAGUAUUAACCAAUAAUCCGGGUUCAGUGUUGAGAUCAUUGGGUCCUGUAAUGGGUGUAACAGUACCAACCUUACACGUUGGUAUGCUGUUUUCCGCCUGCUGUUGGUAUCGCGAUCCACACGGUUUGUCGUGGAUUGAAUACCUUCACACUGGGGCAUCUAAACUGUGGUACGGUAUACCCGAUGAUCAAAGUGCCAAUUUUAGAGCAGCUCUAACAUCACUCAUUCCCACGCACUGUCAAAACAAAACAAUUUGGCUACCCUGUGAUACUGUUAUGGUACCUCCGCACAUGCUCACCGAUCGUGGUGUAUCUUUGUGUCGUAUCGAACAAAAACCUGGUGAAUUUAUAGUCGUUUUUCCACGCGCUUAUACAUCAAGUCUAGCGACAGGAUAUGUGGUCUCAGAAAGUGUUUACUUUGCAACCACAUCCUGGUUAGAUUUGGCUAAAGAUGAUUUUAGGGAUAUCCACGACAGUUGUGAACCCGCUAUGUUUUCAUUAGAGCAACUACUUUUCGCCUUGGGCUAUGAUCAGCGUGUUUCGCCUGAUACUAUGCAACAGAUGUUACCUAUGCUGCAAGAAGUCUACGAGAAAGAAGCAGCAGCACGGGAGCAACUAAAGGCAACUGGUGUAACGUCAACCGAAAAAGUCACCAACGAAAAAAGUGGCAAAGGUAAAAAACAGCAACAGCCCCCCUAUAAAUCCAUUGAAAGUGAAUGUGAUUUUUGCCGUGCAAAUCUCUACAUUUCAAUGGUUCGAACCGAUGAAGGCAAUAUUUAUUGUCUGCAGCAUGCACUGAAAAAUCUCAACAAUGGCAACAUACAAGCCAAACAAUGUAAACUCAUAUACGCCUACAACAUCGAUGAUAUUGAGGCACUUAUCAAAAAUCUUAAAGAACGAAUACAGCAGAAGCGUGCAAUUGGGAAAAAGCAAAAAUAGUCUUGUAACAAACAACGAUACUCCAAUAAAA